UGGAACCGUCCUGCAAACUCCGGUUGCCGGCCCGCACAAAAGGGUUAGUCAUACAUUUCUCAAGAGGCGGGAAUUUUACCGGCACGUGUGGUUGUUAUUAAUGCGGAUCCGUUUAGUACAGUGCUUUCUCCGGAAGACUAACAUGAUGACAGGAGUGUUGAGUCCGCGCGAGAGUGGGCGUCUGAUCGCGGAGACCAGCAAGGACGUCUCUGUUCACGAGGAAGGUGUUCGCAACUGUGCAAAACAUAUCUUUGAUGCGGUGAAGAACAAGAAGCGCGAUCUGACCGUACAUUCGUACCGCAGUCACGAACUUCACCCUCAGAAGAUGAAUAAAGCAGCAGCAGAAUGGGUGUUUGUCGUGGAUACUCUGAACUUCAACUUCUGGUCUGAGAAUGACAAGAAGAAGUUUACAGUGAAGUACAAGGACAAGUCAUACACGGGAUACUGGUCGCUGUGUGCUGCCAUCAACCGAGCCCUCGACGAAGGUGUAGCAAUAACUGACCCGAGUUUCUAUGCCAGUGUCACGCGUGACGAGUUGGCGAAGAUUCUACGUUCCGACUCGGAGACACAGAUUCCUAUGCUUGAUGAAAGACUCGAGGCACUGCAUGAAGCAGGCAAAAUGUUGAUACAGAAGUACGAUGGUAGUUUUGUGAACUGUGUUCAACAGUGUGGUAACAAAGCUCAGAAUCUCGUCAAACUCGUGGUCACGGACUUUCCCAUGUAUAGAGACGAAGCCGAUUACAAUGGAAAGAGAGUUUCUCUGUACAAACGAGCCCAGAUUCUCGUAGCCGACUUGUGGGGAUGUUUUGGUGGAGAAGAUCUUGGAGAAUUUGACGACAUUGACACAAUCACCAUGUUCGCUGACUACAGAGUUCCGCAAUCACUUGUUUACUUUGGUGCCAUGAAAUACUCCGAUCAGCUGAUGGACGUUCUGCAUAAAGACAUGUUGUUUAAAUCUGGAGACAGGAUGGAGGUUGAGAUCAGAGGAUGCAGUAUUUGGGCCACGGAGCUGAUAACUGAGGAGUGUAAAAAGCUGAAGGAGAAGGAUGAGUCGAUGAAGGAUGUCACGUUCAACGCUAUUCUCAUCGACAACUUCCUGUGGGAUUUGAGACGAGAACUCGCUGACGAGAUGAAGAAAAUUCCUUUUCACAAGAUUCGUUGUAUUUACUACUGACUUUAUUAUCCACUACUGAGCUCAGUGGGCUGGGGUGUUACAAACAACAAUGUUAAAUCUCUUUUCUUUGAUUGAGGUGGAAUCUGAGAAGUGCAUGAUGUACAGUAAAUGUUAAAAUGUUAAA